CGCGAGGCUGGAUAGACGGGCGGGAGGGCGGGCAGGUGGGCUGCGGGCUGGCUGGAAUUUGGAGAAAGGAGAACAACCUGGCCUUACAAAUAAGCAUCCAUAAAACAGUUUCUCCAUGCUUGUGCCAGCUAAUACUCACUAGUGGGCGGGUUGACCUCCCUUCCCUAUACAGAUGCAGCUUUUUACUGAUCAUUAGUUCGGAGAGCUAAGACGGCGGAAUCUUUAACUACCUUUCCAGCUGUCACUUUCUGUUAUGCCAGAGAUGGUACACUAAAUCAGUUUCUGAAGAAGGUUUGAAUAGUAAUUUGUCUGAAAUUUGGAAUCUGAAUGCUGUCUGAAGACUGGAUGAAGAAUUGAGAGAUUGCUGUGCUUUGUUCCUUCAAUAUUGAUGUGGGAACAGUUUGAAAUGAUGCUGGCACAGAAGCAAAGAGACUGAAGUGGCUCCCCAGUCUCCUGGUUACCCUGAACUGCUCUGCAUUGCUUCAAGAUUGCUUUUUCUUCUGUCCCAAUUUGGAAAAAUACGACGCUUGCAAUUUUCUCCGGAUUGACAGUUUGCAGUCAUGGUUAUCACGGUAACGGCACUUUUAUUGAUGCUUUGUAGUAGCACUGGAAGUGACAGUCAGCCUUGGAGCUACACAGCUGAAUCUGAAGCAUUAGAUUUUGGGGCUGUACCUGCUGGAAACUAUGUGACUCAGGUAUAUUACGAUCCAGGACUCGUAGGAAUCCUGUUUCAGCUGGCACGUACAUUUCUGCAUGUCAUACAACCAAAUCCAUUUCCUCGAGAAUUGGUCAUUGAGGUAAUAAAGCAGAACUACAGACAAGUUCUACAGCAGUAUCAAGAGAUAAUAUACUAUGAGAUCGGUUUCAUCAUCUGUGCGGCUUUGGGAAUUGUGUUUGUUCUACUCAUGCCUAUUUUGGGCCUGUGUUUCUGCAUGUGCCGUUGCUGUGACAACUGUGGAGGGGAGCUGCACCAGCGACAGAAGAAAAAUGCUGAUUGUAGAAGAAGCUUCUUUGCAACAACCUUGCUUCUUGUAACUGUACUUAUAACGACAGGGACCCUGUGCAUGUUUGCAGCAAAUCAGAACCUUACCAACCAAGUUAAAGGAGUAAAGAAGUUGGUCAACAACAACUUCCAGGAUCUGCACACCUUGCUCAAUCAAGCACCAACUCAAAUAAAUUACAUCACACAGCAAUAUGACACAACCAAGAACAGAGCGUUCUCUGAUCUUAACAAUAUCGGCAGCGUACUUGGUGGUAAAGUUAAAGCUCGCUUUGCAAAGGAUGUUAUUCCUGCACUGGAUGCUUCUUUCAAUAUGGCCAGAGACAUCAGAGAAAGCAAGAAAGCUUUGGAGAACGUGGUCGUCUCCAAGCGAACGUUAGAGGAAGCAACUGGCAAACUUGACGCAAGCUUGACUGAUGCACAAUCAAGUCUCAACAAUACAUUGAAUGAUGCAGCUUGCAAAGUUCCAGGAACUGUUGACCACUGUGAUGACAUAAGGGGUUCACUGGACACUCUCAGCAUAAGUGCAGACUUUAACCAAUUACAAGAUGUGGAUUCUCAACUUGCCAAAGUGAACAAUGUGCUGAAAACGGAUUUUGAAGACUUGAUUCAGAAGGGGCAUUCAUCAUUUAAUAAUACUCCAGAAGUAAUUCAAAAUGAAACAAAGGCAGUUGCAUCAGAUGCAAAGAAAGUGCUCAAUGAUGUUGGUGAGAUGGUUUCGGAUUUCAGUAAGAAGCCUGCUAUUGAUGAUGUAAUCAAUACCUCUAUUGCAUAUCUCAAUCAGGGUCAGAGAUAUUUUCUUGAAUAUCUUCCAUAUUUGGAAAAAUACGAUUUCUACAGAUGGCUUGGUGGAAUUGCACUCUGCUGUUCAGUUGUACUUAUCCUUACUUUCAACUACCUUGGUUUGCUGUGUGGAUCCUGCGGGUUUGACAAGCAUGCUUCUCCAACCACCAGAGGCUGCGUAUCAAACACGGGAGGCACCCUCCUUUUAGCGGGUGUUGGGGUCAGCUUCAUUUUCUCCUGGCUUUUGAUGCUGGUAGUUGUGGUCACAUUUUUCACAGGAGGAAAUGUAGAAAGGCUCGCUUGUCAAUCUUUUAAAGACAACAGUUUAUUUAAGCUUUUGGAUACUCCCUAUUUAUUGAACUCUCAGUGGAAGAACUUCCUUUCUGGACUUCUGUUUUCUGAACACAACGUAAACCUCACUUUUCAGAGCGUGUACAGCAAAUGCCGCAGAAAUGAAGGAGUAUAUUCAGCCUUCCAGCUUCAAAAUGUAUUCAAUGUUGAUGAUCUAAAUUUCAAUGCAAUAUUUUUCAGUAUAACAGCUAACCUGACAGACAAAUUCACCAACGUUGAUGUGAAAUUGAGUAGUAUCAUGAUACUGGAUGAACAAGCAAAAAAUGGUCUUCGUGAUUUCACUGAUACUGGCAUUGAACAAAUUAAUUUUGCGGCAUACUUCAAUGAGCCUGCAGGAGCCUUGGCGAAUGCAUUAAGAGGUCAUGCAAACAAUAUUCGGGAAAUAUACAAGCAGCAAGUUGUACCUCUAGAAGGAGCAGUGAGAUACAUCGAAGCACGGAGCACAUUGAACCAAAGUUGGAUCACUGCAGAACAUAGCAGCAGGCUUAAAGGUGAAAGUGGAUGGUAUAUUGCAGCUGUUGAAUCUGCUCAGUAUCUAAUCCACCACAAUGGGACUGAGAUUGUAAAACAGGAAAUAUAUCACUUCAUCAAGACUCUAAUUGGCUACUUCACAGAAUAUUUAGAGUGGGCUAAGGAUGUUCUGAACAACGAAGUUGCGAUCUGUAAGCCGGUUGCUAACGUGGUGGACACAGUUGAUAUGAUACUAUGCGGUUUUAUAGUGGAUUCCUUGAAUGGAUUUUGGUUUAGCCUUGGUUGCUGUACAAUAUUUUUAAUUCCAAGUAUUAUAGUUGCUGUGAAGCUAGCCAAAUUCUAUCGACGGAUGGACACAGAGGACGUAUAUGAUGACACUGAGAAUAUACCCAUGAAAAUUUUGGAAAAUGGUAGUAAUGGUUAUCAUAAUGAGCAUUCACAUGAUAUUCAAAGUCCAGUUUUAAUAAGCACUCCACCAUAUGAUACUUUGACCCGAUUUCCCAGAGCUUCUGCUCCUCCCAAGCUUUCUGGUUGGUGAGGUACUCCUGCCUUUGGGGUUGUUAAGGAGCUUCCAGUGGAUUUGAAACAUUAUCUAAUUCAGAGCAGUAUAAUGGAAUACUGGUAGAUGAACUGGGCAGCUUGAAGGAGGAACUUCACGCAUUUUAGUGGGUGCAACAAUAGCUUUACAGCGGAAGACCUUCAGAUGAUUCCAGUCCAGCACAUCUUAGUAAAUAUGCACCUUACUAACCAUGUGUUAAGAAGUAUUGGGAAUAAAUAGUUUAAAGUACAGUGUACUCAAAAAAAAAAAUAAGGCUUUGGUCAAAUGGUAUCAGUGUAAUUAACAUUUACAAGUCUUGCUCAGUGAUAGUUGAAGGACAAUCAGGCACUCUUUUUGCAUAUCCCAAAAUGUUGCUUUGUACACUUCCUUUGACCAGUCUUCAGUUUACUAUUCCACAACAUGCUGCUCUUGUGUUUUGGUCUGUAAAAUCAUUUUCUUUUUGGCUUACAGUUUAUUACUUCAGCACUUGUACUAAUGAUUUUGUUACAUGUUUAUGAAUAAUUUAAACUCCAAACAGUUUAAGUGUUUUUGGAUAUUUUUGUGUAUUAUAAGCUGAGUAAAUUGCAUUUUGUAAUUUUUAAUGUAGAUUGUUUUGUAUGCAUAAACUGGAUUGGAUUAAAUAUUUUAUGUGAAACUGAAAUUGAGAAAUGUUUAAAUGCAACAAUACACUGUUACAAUUGGAUUUAUGCUGUUGUGUUGUAUGGAUAGAUGUUCAAAUUAAUGAAGAGAUUUCUUAUGUGAAAAGUAGUUUAUGAAUCCUUUUGCUAAAUAUAUUGAAAACCACUCUCCAAAAGUCUGCAAUGAACUACUGUACAAGAAAAUAAGAAUACUUUUCUAAUAUUAGACCGGCUAUUUCAUUUGAAAAUACUAAUACCAAUUGGUGAAAUUGGUAAGAACAUUAAGAUUACCUUAUUGCAACCAUAACCUAAUCAUGAGCACCAAUUUAAAGGAUACAGUAUUCAAGGUAUUUAAAUAAGAGUUUGUCUCUGGCAUUGUGUAGUUCAGUUGCUUUCAUUGUUGGGUAAAAAUGUGCAAAUACUGUAUACUUUAAUCAUAACUUUUUUUAGAAUUGAAUUUGUACAUAAUGUUCAAAGUUGUAGAUUUAUGGGAUUUCCUCUAUUUUGAAUAUUCAAUAAAAUGUCUUGGAUAUUG